AUGACCUCGACACCCCUCACCAAUGGUCGCUGCACGCCAUCUACACCACAAACGUCUGUGCCGACAUCGGGUACCAAUGUCCUUAAGUUUGGAGGGACCAGUGUCGGCAAGUUCCCCCAGGCCAUAGUCAACGUUGUCAAGCAGUCGUUGCUUGACGGCGAUGUCGCGAUCGUGUGCUCCGCACGGUCGAGCAGUACCAAGGCUGCGGGCACCACCAACAGACUACUACGAGCAGCCUCCGAGGCCGAACACCACCGAGAUUAUACGCAACUAAUAGAAGCCGUCCGGGUCGAUCACAUCGAAAGCGCGAAUGCCUCAUUGCGCGACCUCGAGAUCCGCUCACGACUGAUACAAGAGAUUGAAGAAGAAUGCGACCAUGUUUUACGCAUACUAGAAGCUGCCCAGACACUCGGCGAGACAAGCCCACGGUCGAGAGACAAAGUCAUGAGUGUUGGAGAGAAGCUCAGUUGUCGGUAUAUGACUGCUAUGCUGCAAGAUUCCGGUCUAUCGGCCGAGUACGUUGAUCUAGCGGACGUUGUCGAUUUCAAGGUCUCCCAAAGUCUUGACCAAGACUUCUACGAUAACAUCGCCAUACGGCUAGCGAGGCGGCUGGAGUCCAUGGCUGGGAAGGUGCCGGUCAUUACAGGUUACUUUGGUGCUAUUCCCCGAGGUCUGCUUAUGACGGUUGGUAGAGGCUAUACCGAUCUGUGCGCGGCGCUCGUCGCGGUGGGAAUCCAAGCCAAGGAACUGCAAAUCUGGAAGGAGGUGGAUGGUAUUUUCACAGCGGACCCGCGGAAAGUGCCUACUGCCCAACUCAUUCCACAGAUCACCCCCGCAGAAGCAGCGGAGUUGACAUUUUACGGCUCCGAGGUGAUCCAUCCAUCUACCAUGGACCAGGUCAUCCGAGCAAGAAUACCAAUUCGGAUCAAAAACGUCAUGAAUCCCAGGGGAGGCGGCACUAUCAUCUAUCCCGAUGCGCCGACACGGCUAGGUAUCGACUCGCCGAAUUACCCGCCGAGCUUGUUCCGUUCUCGAAGUUCCAGCGGACAGUCCCAUAAGAUCGGGCCCAAGAGACCAACGGCUGUCACACUGAAACACAAGAUCCUGGUCUUGAACAUUCACUCGAAUAAAAGGGCUCUAUCUCAUGGGUUCUUUGCGGGAAUAUUCUCAACCUUGGACAAGUGGAGGCUGUCAGUAGAUGUCAUCUCCACUAGCGAAGUUAACAUCUCACUGGCCCUGCACUCGGAAGCACCGCUGUAUACCGGAGGCGGUGACAACGAGUACGAGAUUGUGGAUCAGGAUCUGCGUGGGGCCAUCGAAGAGUUACGUCAAUUUGGCGCCGUCGACAUUGUGCCUGACAUGGCCAUCGUCAGCCUGGUGGGCAAGCAGAUGAAGAACAUGAUGGGCAUUGCAGGCAAGAUGUUUGCUACACUAGGCGAGCACAACAUCAACAUUGAGAUGAUAUCUCAAGGCGCCAGCGAAAUCAAUAUAUCGUGCGUGAUCGAAGAGCGAGACGCCAACCGAGCACUGAACACGCUACACACGAAUCUUUUUACCUUUUUGGAUCCAUAG